AUGGGGAAGCGCGGCUUGAACGCUGAGGCACAACACGGCUCGGCGGAACUUGAUGAAGCCGGGGUGGGAAAGGUUGCCGGCGACUGCCGUUGGGCGGCGGGCUGUCAACUACCUGUGUCUUCCUUCCCAGAGAGACCCAAAUUACCGGAUAAUUAUACUCGGGACACCUGGCAAAAACUUCACGAAGCGGUGGGAGCGAUACAGAGUAGCAUUUCUAUUAAAUACAACCUGGAAGAGCUCUACCAGGCUGUUGAAAAUCUCUGUUCUUACAAAGUCUCUGCUACACUGUACAAACAACUGCGACAAGUCUGUGAAGAUCAUGUGAAAGCACAGAUCCUUCAAUUUAGAGAAGAUUCUCUGGAUAGUCUUUUAUUUUUAAAGAAGAUAAAUAAAUGCUGGCAAGAUCAUUGCAGACAAAUGAUCAUGAUCAGAAGCAUUUUCUUAUUUCUGGAUCGUACAUAUGUACUUCAGAAUUCAAUGCUUCCUUCUAUAUGGGAUAUGGGGCUAGAGUUAUUUAGAAAUCACGUCAUUAGUGACAAGCAAGUUCAAAACAAGACUAUCGAUGGAAUCCUCCUGCUGAUCGAACGAGAACGGAAUGGUGAAGCUGUGGACAGAAGUUUGCUGCGGAGCUUGUUGAGCAUGCUCUCUGAUCUGCAGGUUUACAAGGAAUCAUUUGAACAGAGGUUUCUGGAAGAGACAAAUUGCUUAUAUGCUGCAGAAGGCCAAAGAUUAAUGCAAGAAAGAGAGGUCCCAGAAUAUCUUCACCAUGUUAAUAAACGUUUGGAAGAAGAAGGAGACAGAGUAAUAACAUAUUUAGACCACAGCACACAGAAACCACUGAUUGCUUGUGUGGAGAAACAGCUACUAGGAGAACACUUAUCAGCUAUUUUGCAAAAAGGACUUGAUAACCUGCUUGAUGAAAAUAGAAUAUCAGAUUUGACCCAGACAUACCAGCUGUUCAGCCGGGUAAAAGGUGGGCAGCAGAUCCUUUUGCAACAUUGGAGUGAAUACAUCAAGAACUUUGGGACAACAAUAGUGGUUAAUCCUGAAAAGGACAAGGAUAUGGUGCAAGAGCUACUAGAUUUUAAGGAUAAAGUGGACCAUAUCAUAGAAGUGUGCUUUCAGAGAAAUGAAAAAUUUAUAAACUUGAUGAAGGAGUCCUUUGAAACAUUUAUCAACAAGAGACCAAAUAAGCCUGCAGAAUUGAUAGCAAAAUAUGUGGAUUCCAAGUUAAGAGCUGGUAAUAAAGAAGCAACAGAUGAAGAGCUGGAAAGAAUACUUGACAAAAUCAUGAUCAUAUUUAGAUUCAUUCAUGGUAAAGAUGUGUUUGAGGCAUUUUAUAAGAAAGACUUAGCCAAAAGACUGCUGGUUGGGAAAAGUGCAUCAGUAGAUGCUGAGAAGUCCAUGUUGUCAAAGCUUAAACAUGAAUGUGGCGCUGCUUUUACCAGCAAACUGGAGGGCAUGUUCAAGGACAUGGAACUGUCAAAAGAUGUCAUGGUUCAGUUUAAGCAGUAUAUGCAGAACCAAAGUGACCCAGGAAAUAUAGACCUGACAGUAAAUAUAUUAACUAUGGGAUAUUGGCCAACUUAUACACCUAUGGAAGUCCACUUAAAUUCGGAGAUGAUAAAGCUUCAAGAGGUAUUUAAAACCUUUUACCUGGGAAAACACAGUGGUCGAAAGCUUCAGUGGCAGACCACUUUAGGGCAUGCCGUCCUAAAGGCGGAAUUUAAAGAAGGAAAGAAAGAAUUUCAAGUAUCGCUCUUUCAGACAUUAGUAUUGCUUAUGUUUAAUGAAGGAGAUGAAUUCAGUUUUGAAGAAAUUAAAAUGGCCACUGGUGUAGAGGACAGUGAAUUAAGAAGAACCUUGCAGUCUUUAGCUUGUGGAAAAGCACGAGUAUUGAUUAAAAAUCCAAAGGGCAAGGAUGUAGAAGAUGGAGAUAAAUUCAUCUUUAACGGUGAUUUCAAGCAUAAAUUGUUUAGAAUAAAGAUCAACCAAAUCCAAAUGAAAGAAACAGUCGAGGAACAGGUCAGCACAACUGAGAGAGUAUUUCAAGACAGACAAUAUCAGAUUGAUGCUGCUAUUGUACGAAUAAUGAAGAUGAGAAAGACUCUUGGUCAUAAUCUCCUUGUUUCUGAAUUGUAUAAUCAACUGAAAUUUCCUGUAAAGCCUGGAGACUUGAAAAAGAGGAUUGAAUCUCUCAUUGACAGAGACUAUAUGGAGAGAGACAAAGACAACCCCAAUCAGUACCACUAUGUUGCAUAA